AGAGCGAGCCACAUAUCGCCUAUCUGUCUCGUUUUCUCAUAGCGCGAGCACAGUGUUUUAAAGCCUGCGGGCUUAUUACUUUCCAAACGGCCGUAUUCAUAAAUUUCCAUCCAGAUUGCAGUGUUUUUAAAGUACAAAUUUUACCCGUCCACAAAUUACUACACCGCUUUUGUUUGUGUAGAAAAAAAACUUAUAAAUAAAGUGACAGUUUGCAUUCAGGUGCACUGUCCGCAUAGGCUACCCACGGUGUAGGUAUACAGAAAGAGCAAGUAGGCAGCGAAAAGAAGAAGCUUCCAGAACAUUCGAAUCGUGUUUUUACGGGUGUGCGUGCGUACGCGGCUACAGGCAAGGCAGAAAGGAAAAUCGGUCCAGAACAGGCGAUCAAGAGGCAGCACCUCGUUAUGCCUAACCCGUGCGGUGUCCUCCUGUGAAAUCGCACUAGUUUUACAUCGGUUUGUACUGGCGCUACGUGGGCUGCAACGAACGGGACAUCUUCGGUACGCGGAAACAGUAAUACAAGCUAUCGAACUGGUGGGACGAACUCACAAACAUACGCGCGCCGCUAACCUUACUCAAACAUUUUCUGCCGAUCAACGCACGCACACAGCCACACGAUGGUUUUUGAGACGAAGUUCUACGACAUACUCGGCGUUGCGCCCAGUUGCACGCCGGACGAGCUGAAGAAGGCGUACCGGAAACUGGCACUGAAGUACCAUCCGGACAAGAACCCGAACGAGGGAGAGAAGUUCAAGCAGAUCUCGAUGGCGUACGAGGUGCUAUCCGAUCCGGAGAAAAAGGCCAUCUACGACGAGGGCGGCGAGGCCGCUAUCAAGCAGGGUGCGGGCGGCGGCGGUGGUGGCUUCCACAGCCCGAUGGACAUAUUCCACAUGUUCUUUAACGGUGGCUUCUCGGGACGGAAAAACGAACGACAGACGUCCAAUGUGAUACACACGCUGUCCGUGACGCUGGAGGAGCUGUACACCGGUACGAAGCGUAAGCUGGCACUGCAGAAGAAUGUGAUCUGCGAGUCGUGCGAGGGCAUCGGCGGCAAGCGGGGCGCAUCGCAAAAGUGUGCCCCUUGCCGGGGGACGGGCGUCAUCACGAAGGUGCAGAAGAUCGCGCCCGGGCUGGUCCAGCAGUACGAGGAGCGGUGCCGGAACUGCCGUGGGCUGGGCGAAACGAUUGACGACAAGGACCGGUGUAAGGAGUGCAACGGGCGCAAAACGGUACGCAUGCGCAAGCUGCUUGAGGUCGAAGUGUACCCGGGCAUGGUGGACGAGCAGCGGAUCGUGUUGAAGGGCGAGGGUGACCAGGAGCCGGACUGCCGGCCCGGCGACAUCGUACUGGUAGUAGAGGAGAAAUCGCACCCCGUGUUUAAGCGCAACGGCCAGGACCUACUGGUGUUUCUGCACCUGCAGAUCGCGGAGGCGCUGUGCGGCUUCCGCAAAGUGAUCAAAACGCUGGACGCGCGUGACAUCGUGAUUCAGUCCUGUCCGGGCGAGGUGGUGAAACACCUGUCGACCAAGUGCGUGUACGGCGAGGGCAUGCCGUUGAUGAAUGACCCAACAGAAAAGGGCCGGCUGAUUAUACAGUUUGUUGUGGGUUUCCCGGACUCGCUGCCCCCAGAGGUGGUACCGGAAAUUCGAAAGUAUCUUCCCACGCCGCAGCCCGAUCCGAUCCCGGAGGACCACGAGACGGUAGAAAUGAUGGAUUUCUCUCUGGAAGAGUACCAAAAAGCGAGCGAAGAGGACGAAGGCAGUGACGAGAGCGGCUCCUACAGCCGGUUCAAUCACGGAGGCGGCCAGCGGGUACACAUGCAAACGUGCAAUUCGAGUUAAGACGGUUCACACACCACCAAACGUUGCAUGCAACAGCAUUAGACCGGCGAGGGCGGAACGGCAGCAGAUCUUCCUAGAACUAGGCAGGAGAAGGAUGGGACGAGGACCAUAACAGUACUUUACCGCCGACUGUUUAUUUCGCCGUCAGCCCAGUCUAACAGAUAUGCCCAAAUUUAAUAGUUGUGUGUGCGUGUGUGUUUGCGCGUGUAUUAUGUUAUGCCGGAGUGUGAAAGCACUGUUCAUGUAUAGAUCGAGCCUGAGCGAAGAGCUAAUAUUGUCGGUAUAUGUAUUUUCCUAUCUUUUUUUGCAAACUCUUAACGAUACCAUAAUAGUGAUAACGAACAGACAAAGGGAAAUAAUAAGAAGACAUAGAGAAGCGAGAAAAAGGGAGAUGAACAAUAAUUAAGCGCUAAUGGCUACAACAGAACAGAGUAAAACAGUAAUGUGGUGGAGUCUCUCUAAUGUGAACUUUCAACAUUCAUCUUAGGGAAACUAAGUCAACGUGUUGCUAUUGUGUAUCCAAGAACACCAAGUGGUAAAAUAUGACCUUCUUUGGCUGCAAAAUAAAGUAUUUCGAACUGCCA